AUGAGCUCGGGACGGGGCAUAGACUACAGCGCCUGGGACCACAUCUACGUGUCUGAUGAUGAGGACGUCAGCAGCCCCUUUGUGGACACCGCAAGCCUGUACCGCAUGAGACACAGGACACGUCUCGAGAGGACAUCCGAGCUCGAGCAGCGCGAGAAGGACCUGCGGAGGAACAUGUCCGAAUGCAAGAGGCGAAUCAACCAGGCCCAGGACAGGCUGAAGGAGCUGGGAGACGAGAGCCAGGUCCAGGAUAGACUGAAGGAACUGGGAGACGAGAGCCAGGACCAGGGCAGGUUGGGAGAGCUGGGGGACAGUAGGGCGAACUCAUCCACACAGAGCCAGGACAUCCACAGGGAGCUGGCUGAGCUGAGGGCACACCUGAAGGGCUUUGAGGCCAUGCUGGAGGUGCACGAGCGCGAGAAAAGAAGGCAGCCCUGGAACGUGGACACCAUCAGCAAACAGGGAUUCAGCAAGAGUGUGGUGAACACGAGAACUGAUGCACCAGAGGAGAAGCCAGAGGAAGGGAUCAGCUUUGGGGACAAAUACGACAAAGAAAUUAGGCACUUUGGGCUGCUGCGGCGAUGGGAGGACAGUCAGAGUUACCUGUCAGAGCGCCCUCACCUGGUGUGUGAGGAGACUGCCUCUGCUCUGGUGCACAUCUGCAUCAGCAUGGAGCGAGAGCAGAAGCAAGCUCUGAUGGGGCAGGUGGCUCACCAGGCCAUCGUCAUGAAGUUCAUCCUGGACUUGGCUCAGGGCCUCAAAGUGGACCCCAGAGGCUGCUUCAGGCUCUUCUUCUCCAGGAUAAAGACCGCAGAUCAGCUUUACCUGGACGCCUUUGACCAAGAGCUGGAGCUCCUGAAGCAACGUGUGCGAAGUAGUGCCCAGAGUCUGACAAAGGAGGAAGAGGAGGAAGAUGAGGAAGAGGUGGAGGAGGAGGAGGAGGAGGAGGAGGAGGAGGAGGAGGAGGAGGAGGAUGAUGAGGGGGAGGAUGCUGAAGGGGAGAACAAUCAGCGGCCCAGGCUGGGACCAGGUGGGCUGGACCCUCGUGAAGUCUACACCUCCCUACCACAGGAGAUGCAGAGAGGAUUUGAUGAGAAAAACGUGGAGAUUCUGCAGAGAGCCAUGGACACACUGCACCCAGAGGAGGCAAAGUUCCACCUGAGGAGAUGCAUCGAGUCUGGGCUGUGGGUCCCAGACUGA